UGCCUUCUCAGCGUGACACCGAAAUGACAUUCAUGCGUAAAAACGAUGCGCCAUCUCCGCUCAUAGUUGCGCGCUUGUGCGCACCGUCGACGGCGUCUGACCUCUCCGUUGUCUCUCAGCGCGCGUGUUGAUCCAAAGUGCGUCUGCCUCUUCCUCUGCUUGUCUGUGCGUUAAAGGCUCCAACCCACUGAUCUUUUACCGACAGUAAUCUUAUCAGUGUCAACCCAGAGCUGCCUUCUUCUGCUGGAUUGCUUUUCCGAGUCGGGAAGACUGUUGCGCGCAAGUUUUUUUUUUUUGCGCCUAAAUUGAUUUACUUUGUUUUUACACCCGCCGUCACCAUCGUUCACGAUGAACAUUUGAGGAGUCCACAGCUGAAUGAAACAUGGAUUCUACAUGUCAAGGAAGGCGUCUGCUGCGCGCUAUUGUCUUUGUCGUUUGCCUCGGCAGCGUUUGCUUUUGUGCCAGAAAGUCAAAUGUUCGGAGGUCUGAUCGUCUCAGUCCUCCAUUAGACAUCCAGUUGGAGACAGUCAACUGCACGGCUUUUCGAGUCCGAUGGAAGAUGCCCCGACGUCACGUAAGCACCAUCACCGGAUACAAGGUGUUUUACACAGAGGUAAAGAACAGUCGAACAGCAGGCACCGCCUCCUUGUUGGAGGUUCCACUCAGCUUGGACAUGCUGACAACUGGACAAUUUGAUGGACAAGCGGGCUUUGAUGUGGAUAUUGGUAAAUUAAAGGUCAACACCAAAUACAGAGUGAGUGUGGGCGCCUACGGUUGGGCUGGCGAAGGCCGACCUAGCAUGCCGAGAGAUGUCAGCACCGCCGCACAUGAAAUGUGCAUGUCCCCUUCACCCCCCACUCAACCUGUCGUCAUGGCAAUCUCCGACACCGAACUCGCAUUGUCAUGGCAGCAAGGAGAGAGUGAGGGAAGUUCACCUGUCCUCCACUUCCUGGUUGCUUAUAUCAGGCCAGAGAUGGACACAGAGUGGACAUACAUCCGGGAGCCUAUUGAGUCCAAUUCUAUGGUUUUGAAAGGCUUGCUGCCACAAACGGAGUACCAGUUUGUCAUCAGAGCGGUCAAUGUUCAUGGAGCCAGCCCACCCAGCCACGUCAACAAUCCAGUGCGCACUCUGGGACCUUCGGAAGUUGGCAGUGGGGAUUAUGGACGCUACUACACCGACAUGGGGGACAAGGAUGACGAUGAUUUUGACAUUGAUGAUUCUGACUAUGACGUCUUUAUUGAAGAACUAAAGCCGUUCCCGGGAAUCAAUGAAGACAAGAGCAAGUCGCAGCUGCGUUCACGCUCUGGUCCAUCGGGUCAGAACGUCGUCUAUCGCAUGAACACCAUCGCUCCUCCCCUUGUGACCGAGGGUGCGCCACCGUAUACCACGUCCUCCGCCCGACUUGACUUCACAGAUCUCAUUUUUCCAACAACAUCCCAGACUCCGAAGAGCACCGUUGAGCCCACUACCAUGCCGACGACCACAAGCACCACCUUGCCCACCACCACCACAACAACAACCCCGGCACUAUCCCAGUGGAAGGGAGAUGUUCCUCGCGUGUAUGACCUGAGCUGUGAGGACACCGUGUGUCCAGCUGACAGCUUCUGCCUCAGCGACUAUGAAGGUGGUGGCUCUCGCUGCCACUGCAACCUCGGACGAAAGGGGGACUUCUGUUCUGACGUGCUAAGCGUCAACUUCCCCAGGUUCUAUGGCUACUCCCAUAUGACAUUUGAACCCCUGAAAAAUUCUUACCAGACGUUCCAGAUCACUGUGGAGUUUAAGGCGGACUCGGAGGAGGGUUUGCUGUUGUACUGCGGUGAGAACGAACAUGGUCGAGGAGAUUUCAUAUCUCUGGCUCUGGUGCGAGGGAAGUUGCACUACAGGUUUAAUUGUGGAACCGGAGCUGCUCAGAUCAUCAGUGAAAGUGCCAUCGUCGUGGGUCAGUGGCACACAGUCACCAUCUUCAGAGACGGCAUGAGCGGGUGGCUGCGAAUGGACAAUGACAACCCGAUAUCUGGACGUUCAGAGGGCCAGUAUACCAAGAUCACAUUCCGCUCCCCGCUGUAUGUGGGCGGGUCACCAAGUGCGUACUGGCUAGUCCGGGCGACAGGGACGAAUCGUGGCUUUGUUGGCUGCAUGCAGAGUCUGACCGUCAACAACAAGGCCACAGACAUCAGACCCUGGCCGCUGGGUCGAGCGCUGAGUGGAGCUGAUAUCGGAGAGUGCAGUGACAGCGUGUGUGACCUGGUGAGAUGUGCCAACGGCGGCCUCUGCUUCCCAAAUCGUGCUGACGGCUUCAUUUGUCUGUGCCCACUCGGUUUCCGAGGAGAACUUUGCGAAGAGAGCUUCUCUGUGUCCUCGCCGCUCUUCAAUGAAACUGUGUUUUCCUACGCUGUGAUACCGUGGCCCCAGUUCUCCCAGAGCUUCCUCUCCUUCAUGGAGUUUGAGCUGACGUUUCGUCCCUCGACACCUGACGGGACUCUGCUCUACAGCGACGAUGCAGACAGUGGAGACUUCCUGGCCAUCAACAUGGUGGACAGAUAUGUGGAGUUCAGAUUUGACUGUGGCUCUGGAGGAGCCGUGCUGAGGAGCCAGGAGCAGAUCAGCCUGGACGCCUGGCACGAACUGAGGGUGUCUCGCACGGCCAAGAGUGGAAUCCUGCAGGUGGACGACCAGAGACCCGUGGAAGGAUUCACUGAGGGAGCUUUCACCCAGAUCAACUGCAGCUCACCUCUCUACAUUGGCGGAGUGCCCCGAUAUGACAAGACCAAGACGACGGCAGGCGUGGUCAAGCCCUUCACUGGAAUCGUUCAGAAGCUCAUACUCAACGACCGCACCCUUCCGAUCACGUCGGGAUCCGCCGGAGGAGUGAACAUUGCCAACUCCCCGCAUCCCUGCGUGGAGAGCCCCUGCGCCAACGGCGGGACCUGCAGGCCCAAGUGGGACGGGUACGAGUGCGACUGCCCGCUGGGGUACGAUGGCAGGAACUGCCAGAAAGAGUGUGGAAAUUACUGCCUGAACACCGUCACCGAGGCCAUUGAGAUCCCGCAGUUCAUCGGCAGAAGUUAUCUCACGUAUGACAGCAGAGAUAUUCUCAAAAGAAUAUCCGGGGCCAGGACCAACCUCUUCAUGCGGUUCAAGAGCACAGCCAAGGACGGCUUGCUGCUGUGGCGCGGGGACAGUCCCAUGAGACCCAACAGUGACUACCUGUCGCUGGGGCUGAAGGAUGGAGCUCUGAUAUUCAGUUACAACUUGGGCAGCGGACCUGCCAACAUCGUGGUGAACGGGACCUUCAGCGACGGAAAGUGGCACAGAGUUAAAGCAGUGAGGGAAGGCCAGUCGGGGAAGCUGACAGUAGAUGACUACGGUGUGAAAACCAGCAGAGCGCAGGGCAAGAUGAGGCAGCUCAACAUAAACGGGCCGCUGUAUGUCGGCGGCAUGAAGGAGGUGGCGCUGCACACCAACCGGCAGUACGUGGGGGGCCUGGUGGGCUGUGUGUCCCACUUCACUCUCUCCACAGACUACCACUUAGCUCUGGUGGAGGACGCAGCGGACGGCAAGAACAUCAACACCUGCACCAACUAGACUCUCCGCAAAUGGAGGAGAAUCAUUUCAAGUGAAAAUCUGGACCAGAGGAUUGGCACUGGAGAGACUUGGUGGAACCAAAGUUUAAACCAAAUGAGAGUGUUUUGGCUAAUGAGACUUUUUGGAAUUCUUUUAAAAGACAUUUUCCACAGGAUGAUUCCCGCUGUGUUUUCAUUUCUACUGUAAAUUUGAACGCUGGAAGAACAGAGUGAUCGCAGGGAUCAAGUGUCACGGCCUCGAGCUGUUCCCGGACCUGACCCAGAGAGCAGCUCACUGGGAUAAACUUCUUUAUAGCGGAUUUUGCUUUGGACUGUAGAGGAUUUCUGUUUUGUGCUCAUGUACUUUUGGUGAGGUAGGCAGCAUUUUUUCCAAGCCUGUGUAAUGUACGUUUCCUAGUUCCUACCGUCUAGUUCCGGUCGACACACUUCUUUUUCGAUGCGCACGACACGUGGGGGUCUGUUGACACGGUGGAGUCGCCAAACUCUUGGACCCUGACCCAAACCACCCAGGUCUGUGCACUUCAGCCUUGAAAUUGCUUUUGAAGCUUUUCUUACUGUAGACAGAAGCAGGGACUGACUGUGUUUACAUGCCGAGCUUACUCUUAAAGGGACAUUCCGCGAAUGUUCCAUCUGAACUCUCUUUUUUGAUGUUGUCAAGGUUGAUGUCUCAGUUUAGAGUAGUUCAGUACAUCCGUUUUCACUUUUAGUAUCAUUAAAAAAAGAAUGUCUUGUGGUGUUUUUUUUUUUUUUUUUUUUUAUAAAUGUGUCCGGU